CAACAACAAAAAAACCCCAAAAACCAAAACCUUGAAAAAAUUGCUAAUCUGAAUUGAAGAAUUGAUUCAUAAAGGUCAUUUUCCAUUCUGGGUGCCUGUCCUUUGUUCCAGCACCCCUCUGGCACUGGGAUGCAUCUAUUGAUGUGGCAAAAGGAAAAACAAAUUCAGACAUGUCUAGGUGAAACUUCAGAGAGAGGGUUGGGAAUAGAGAAUAAAACUCGUGCAUAAAAUAAAGAGUAAUUGAUAAAAAUGGUUCGAUUUAAAAUGCUCAGUGCCUAAAUCAGAUGCUUGUGCUUUUUUUUGGGGGGGGGAGAUGGACCAGGGAUUUCAUUACCCAGCCAAGCAGCCAGAUGUUUACCUUGGGGUUUGGUGGCAUGGCUGAUGUUUCCAGGUUAUUUUCUCCAUGAAUUCGAGCCCCCGUGCUGAAAUGGGGCUGGAUCUGUGCAGUCACAAAAAGCUUCUUGUGUUUCUCUGCUCUGCCUGGCUCCUGUGGCUGCUGGUUUGGACCCCCUUUCCAGGAGAGCUGCAGCUCAGCUGCCUCAGAUCUUGAGCUGCAUCCAGCUCAGAAAAGCUUGGCUGGUCAGUGUGAAUAGAAACAAAUGGCUUUGAAGCCUGCAAACUUGAAUUCUGCUUUAUUUUUGCUGGGUUUGCAUAACUUUUAAUGACCGGGAGAUGAAACGUGCAGUUAAACAGAGUCAGAAUCUGCCACUUUCAGAUGCAAUUUUAAGAAGAUGUUUCAUCCUGCCAGGGUCUGAAGUUAUGUGUCUGGAAUGGUUUUAAAUCUGAGAAAUGUUUGAAGGGAUCCUGUGUGGGUAGGAGGAGAAAUGCCUUUCCCUUUGCAUGUUCUCGUGGCCUGCCUUUGCCAGAGCUCUUGCCUGUUUUCUGCACCAAGUUGGCAGCCAGAGCUUGCAGGUUGAAAUGAAACCUUGCUGAACAAAGGCACUUUAUGUUUGAACUCUGUGCUCUGAGUCUGCCCCACCAGCCUGGCUGGGCAUUUCUGUUAAAUAAGGUCAACAAAUAUAGACAAAGCUGUGCUUUGCAAAUUAACCCCAAACAAAUCAUAACAACAACAACAACAACAAAAAAGUGCCUUUCUUUAACUCUGCCUCUUUCUUGUUUCACAGGCAAGAAGAGAAACCCUGGGCUGAAAAUUCCUAAAGAAGCAUUUGAGCAACCACAGACGAGCUCCACGCCACCCAGAGAUCUGGACUCCAAAGCCUGCAUCUCUAUUGGUGAGGAGAACUUCGAGGUGAAGGCCGAUGACCUGGAGCCCAUCUCGGAGCUGGGCCGAGGUGCGUACGGGGUGGUGGAGAAGAUGCGGCACGUGCCCAGCGGGCAGAUCAUGGCAGUGAAGCGGAUCCGAGCCACAGUGAACAGCCAGGAGCAGAAGAGGCUGCUGAUGGACCUGGAUAUCUCCAUGAGGACAGUGGAUUGUCCCUUCACUGUCACCUUCUACGGGGCACUUUUCCGAGAGGGAGAUGUGUGGAUUUGCAUGGAGCUCAUGGAUACCUCACUGGACAAAUUCUACAAACAUGUCAUUGACAAAGGCCUGACGAUUCCCGAGGACAUCCUGGGGAAAAUUGCAGUCUCUAUUGUGAAAGCGCUAGAACAUCUCCACAGUAAGCUCUCCGUGAUCCACCGAGAUGUAAAGCCCUCUAACGUGUUGAUCAAUACGCAGGGGCAGGUGAAAAUGUGCGAUUUUGGGAUUAGCGGUUACCUCGUCGACUCAGUUGCUAAAACCAUGGAUGCAGGAUGCAAACCCUACAUGGCUCCCGAGAGAAUUAACCCGGAGCUGAACCAGAAGGGAUACAGCGUCAAAUCCGACAUCUGGAGCCUGGGGAUCACCAUGAUCGAGCUGGCCAUCCUGCGCUUUCCCUACGACUCCUGGGGGACGCCCUUCCAGCAGCUCAAGCAGGUGGUGGAGGAGCCCUCGCCACAGCUCCCAGCAGAGAAAUUCUCAGCGGAGUUCGUCGAUUUUACCUCGCAAUGCUUGAAGAAGAAUUCCAAAGAACGGCCAACAUACCCAGAGCUUAUGCAACAUCCUUUCUUCACCCUGCACGAAUCCAAAGAGACAGACGUCGCCUCUUUUGUCAAGCUCAUCCUGGGAGACUGAGAACUGGACUUGUAAAAGAAUUGCCCUUCUGUGGACUGGUGGGUGCAGGGGAGGGGCUCGUGGCAGGACUUGUCAUGGAAGCACCAACAGAAAGUCGCCGUGUUUUGUUUUGUUUUGUUUUUAUUCUGAGAAACCCCCGCCUCGCCCGAGUUUUUUUAAAGGGUUCUUUGGUAUCCAUAGUGACAUAGAACGAGCUGGUUAGUGGAAUGAAUUUUAAUAAGGUUGGUAACCUUAAAACAAAAACAAAACAAGAAAAAAAAAAUCUUUUUUUGAAAGAGUGAUUUACAUAUUUAAUGACAGUCAAAGUUCCUCUUCCUAACUUGCUCCUCAUCCCCCUUCCCUUCCCCUUGAACCAGAAUUUGCUUUGUCAUGGUAAUAGGUGCUAUGGUAGUCAUGAAGUUGUAUGUAGAUUUAUAUUUUGUCCCUUCCAUUAUUUUAAUAUUUAUGUUAAGUGCUUGAUGGAAUAGAUUUCUGUUUUAUAUGAG